GAUUUUUCUAUUUUUUUGUUCAACAAACAUUAUGAAGACUUGAAAUUUUCCAUUUUAGUGUGCUGUUCUCUGCUGGAUUAUGGCAUAUGACUUUCUCUCUCUAGUGUGAAUGGAAGCAAGUGCAUUACACCCUUACGUUGUUCAAUUUCUAUUGUAAAUUGUGACUCUCUUCAUCUAAUUUUGAUCACAAUUUUUUUUCUGCUCUCUUUAAAUCCAUCUCAAUUGCUAUAAUUGUGAUGGCAGGUCAAAGCCAUGAAUACACAUUGGAUGAAGCACUUAUUGCCGUUGGGUUUGGCAAAUACCAAAUACUCGUGCUUCUGUAUGCUGGACUUGGUUAUAGUUCAGAGGCAAUGGAAGUGAUGAUUCUCUCAUUUGUAGGACCAGCAGUUAAGUCCGAGUGGGGACUCUCCUCCACCGAAGAGAGCCUCAUAUCAACAGUGGUUUUUGCUGGUAUGUUAAUCGGAGCAUAUUCAUGGGGCACCAUAUCAGAUAGCUAUGGAAGGAGGAUGGGUCUUCUCAGUUUAGCUACAAUGACGAGUGUAGCCGGGCUUUUAAGUGCUUUUUCCCCAAACUAUUUAUCGUUGGUCAUCCUUCGUUGGUUGGUUGGCAUUGGUUUGGGUGGUGGGCCUGUGUACUCAGCUUGGUUUCUAGAGUUUGUUCCUGUUCCUAACAGAGGCAAAUGGAUGGUCGUCUUUUCAAUUUUCUGGACAAUUGGAACAAUACUUGAGGCUUCACUUGCAUGGAUUGUCAUGCCAAGCUUGGGUUGGAGGUGGCUUCUUGCACUAUCUUCUGCACCAUCUUUUCUGGCGCUUCUCUUUUACGGUCUUACACCAGAGUCUCCAAGGUAUCUAUGUGUGAAAGGUAGAACAACCGACGCCCAUAAUGUGCUGGAAAAAGUUGAAAAAUUAAACCGAACAAGUCUUCCUCCCGGAUUGCUUGUUUCUGAUCGAAUGGUCGAUCUGGAUGAAGAAGUUGCUCCAUCAGAAGAUUCCCAUUUACUCUCCUCAGCAAGAAACAAAAGCAUGGUUUCUGAAACAGCCUUCUCAUCGCUGCGUAUGCUUUUCUCAUCAGAACUAAUUAGAACAACCCUUCUUCUAUGGGUUGUAAUAUUUGGAAAUGCAUUUCUGUACUAUGGCGUUAUAUUACUGACCUCGGAGCUGAGCAGUGGCCAAAAUAAAUAUAGCUUGAUUACCAUGCGUUCAAAAUAUUCAGAGGACGAUAGCCUCUACAUAGAUGUAUUUGUCACUAGUUUGGCAGAGCUUCCUGGAGUUUUCUUAUCAGCAGUUAUUGUAGACAGAAUUGGUCGAAAGCUUUCCAUGGGAAUUAUGUUUAUGUUAGGUUGCAUCUUCCUUCUACCAUUGGUUGUACAACAGCACGAGAUUUUAACCACAGCUUUAUUAUCCGGAGCCCGUAUGUGCUUCAUAGGAACUUUCACAGUUGCGUAUAUUUAUGCUCCUGAGGUAUAUCCAACCUCUAUGCGGACAACUGGUUUCGGAGUUGCAAGUGCUGUUGGAAGAAUUGGUGGCAUGUUAUGCCCCCUUGUGGCAGUUGUAUUGGUGACCAAUUACGGUCAAACAGCUGCGAUAAUUCUGUUUGAGGUUGUGACAGUUAUUUCAGGAAUAUGUGUUAUGUUUCUCCCACUGGAAACUAAGGGACGUGAAUUGACUGACACUGUUGCUGCAUAAUCUAGUUCCAGUAAUUUAGUUAAUUGAGAAGUUUGUGCAGUCGGUGAUCUUCCGGAUGGUAAAAGGAGUUCCAAACUUUUCUCUGGAGCUGCCCGUAAAGAUGCAAAUAUGGACUAAAUUCUUGGCUUGUAAUUUUAUUUGUGCUCAUAAUUGAACUGCCACUUUUACUCUGGGGGAUCUAAAGCUGAAAUGCACUAGUCCUUAUUCUUCACUA